ACAAUCAAAGCAAAAUGGCUGCCAUGUUUACACCGAAUUAUUUAAAGCUUUCUUUAACUAUUCUAGUUCUAUACUUAAAUGGAGCUUAUUGUAAGACUAAUUAUAAACUGAGUUUAGAUGGUACUUGGAUUGCAAAGGAGAGAGAAUAUUGGUAUGAAUUUCCGGCUACAGUACCUGGUGGAGUAUACACGGAUCUUAUGAAUCUAGGGAUCAUCGAUGAUAUUUUUUAUGGGUACAAUGAUAAUAGUACCAGAUGGGUGGGCAACAUAAAUUGGACUUAUGCCCUUAAUUUUACAGUGGAUCCAGCUAUCUUAGAUUACGAGCAUGUUAAUUUAGUAUUCGAAGGGGUAGACACGUUUGCGACCAUUGAACUAAACAAUGUCACUAUUGGUGAGACAAAAAAUAUGUUUCUCCGAUAUAUUUUUGAUGUUAGGGAUAUAAUAAAGGGUGAUGGUAACAACACUUUAAAAGUAUUCUUUGAAAAUCCAGUAGAGAAAGCCUUAAAAUUGUAUAAUGAACAGCUUUCUAAUAACAUGAUUCCAUCUCCAUGUCCAACUAAUGAUUUUAUGACCGAAUGUCAUGUUAAUAUGAUCAGGAAAAUGCAGGCGUCUUUUUCUUGGGAUUUCGCUCCGUCUUUUCCUAGUAUGGGUAUAUGGAAACCAGUAUUUAUAGAGUGUUUUGAUGAGUCGGCUAUUCGUUACUUACAAUCAAGAGUUGUGUAUGAUGACAGUGUAGCAGAAAUACAAUGGUACUUAUCCGUAGACACUUUUUUUGAACAAAACAAAAGAGGAUACGUUCAAGGGACGCUCUUACUUGAGAUAUUCUCAUCCGGCUCAUUAUUAUAUAAGUACUACAACGUCAACGCCUCACUAAGUGAUAGAGGCGACAUUUUCAAAGGAGUAAUUAUGACUAUUGAAGAACAUUGGUUUAGUCCCUGGUGGCCUAAUGGCUACGGAGACCAACCUCUUUAUGAGCUUCAUGCACAAUUUAUGAAUGCAGAUGAUCAUAAUGAUGUGUAUGACAGUAAAUCAAUUAUGAUGGGUGUUAAAACGAUUGAACUCGUACAAGAACCACUCGACAACGGAGCAUCAUUUUUCUUACGAAUUAAUAGAAAGCCUAUUUUUAUAAAAGGCGCCAACUUGGUACCAAUAAACAUAUUACCUGAGCUUAUUAAAAAUCCUGAGGCUAUCAGAAACUUACUUCAAAGUGCCAAGGAUGCCAACAUGAAUAUGUUAAGAGUAUGGGGUGGCGGUACAUAUCUGCCCCAAGAAUUUUACAACUUAGCUGACCAGCUCGGAAUAAUGAUUUGGCAUGAUUUUAUGUUCAGCAACGCUCUAUAUCCUGCAACUGAAGAGUUUUUGAAAAAUGCUUUAGAUGAAGUGCAACAAAACCUUAACGAUCUUUGGAGGCAUCCCUCUGUUAUGAUUUAUUGUGGAAAUAGUGAGGUAGAACGACUACUAGCAUCAAACUAUAAUUCUGAUACAAACUUAAAUCGUUACAUGGAAAACUAUUUGGAUUUAUUCAAUGCCACGAUCAAACUUAAAGUCAAUCAAACAACGGGCAGUACCGCCAUUUUUGUCAACUCAAGCCCCAGUAAUGGAAACUGGACUCAGUUUGACACCUCGUCACCUCAAGAUCCAAAUUCCGAAUUGUGGGGAGAUAUGCACUACUUCAAUUACACAAGUGAUCCUUGGGAUCCAAGCUCAUAUCCAAUACCACGUUUCGCAUCAGAAUACGGUUUUCAAUCACUACCGUUCGAAGAUACUUGGAUGACAGCCACCAACGAUACCUCAGAUCUGAUAUUCGACAGUCAAUUUAUGAAAUGGCGUCAACAUCGCCAGAAUGGCAAUCAAGAAAUCGCCCACCUUAUAGCUGAAAAUUUGAAUUUGCCCAGUUCAGAUAGUGAUGAUUAUAGUAGUGCCAUGAUUUAUUUAUCAGAGGUGUAUGCUGCCCAGGCUAUGAGAAUGCAAACUGAACAUUAUAGAAGGUAUCGAAGUUAUUUAACUGAGGAUGGAAGAGGAAUGACUAUGGGUGCUUUAUUUUGGCAUUUGAAUGACGUUUGGGUCGCUCCUAGUUGGUCAAGCAUUGAUUACACCGGUCGUUGGAAAAUGCUCCAUUACUUCGCCAAAGACUUUUUCUCUGAUGUAAUUGUCACUGGAUAUAUAAACCCAAACAGGGAACUACUUCUCUUUACUGUUAACGAUAAGUUGACUGAUGUCGAAAACGCCACUCUCAGAGUUAGAAUCUACAAGUAUGACAGCUCAGAUUUCGAGCCUGUUUAUGAAAAUAGUUAUGUCUAUAAUCUCUACUCGGGCACUUCCAAAUUAGUGCAAUCAUUGAAAACCGAUGACCUAUUAAGUGAACAAAAUUGUGAUAAAAACACCUGCUUCUUUCAUUUAAUACUGGAGGAUAAAACUAAUGGUAGUGUGAUAAUAAGUCCUCAAAAUUAUGUGUUUCCAGGGAAACUAAAGGAGGCCAAUCUACCAAAAUCUAAUUUAGUUAUUGAGGCUGUAACAGAAACAGAAAAAGCUAACACUUUUGAGGUGACACUAACAUCUGACAAUAUUGCUUUGUUCGUGUGGGUGGAUUCGCAUGUGGUUAGAGGCAGAUUUUCCGAAAAUGGUUUUAUGCAAGUUUUGGCAGUCAAAACUGUCGAGUUUUAUAGCGAUUCCAAUAUUACAGCCAACGAAUUGCAGAAAUAUUUAACUGUUCGUCAUUUAACUUCUUGACUCCUUGUGAGAUUGUUUUCCGAUUUAAGUGAAAAAUUGCAAUAAAAUAUAAUAACUUA